AUGGCCGGAUCCAUAGGUAAAGCUACAGACCUUAAAACAGUGUUCAGUCUGCAAAAAGCGUUAUCAGCACAAACUGGUGUUAAGGCAGACAAUGUGACAGAAAUUCCAGGUCUUGUAAGCACCAGUUCAAGCCGAGAACCGACCAAGCCUCCUGAACCAUACAUAUCAGAACUUUGUGAAAUUCAUGCAACCGGCAUCAUUGAAGGAAUAAAUCAACAGCAACUUUGGGCACUGAGAAUGUUGGAUUCUGCAGGAAUAUUUGGAAAAAUCCUGCUCGCCUUUUCUGUAUAUACUAAUGGUGAAAAACUUCUAAGUACACAUCAGCCGGAAGGUUCAUUGACCGCUAUCAAUGGAAUCAGAUUUAUAUCCAUGACUUGGGUUAUACUUGGACAUGCAUACAUUUUUGUACUUUCUGAUGUUGAUAAUGUUGGUACAUUUCUGCCUGAAAUGAUGAAAAGAGUUACAUUUCCUGCUGUCAGUAACGCUCUUGUAUCAGUGGACACCUUUUUUGUUUUGAGUGGCCUUUUAUUGACAUACCUUGUGAUGAAAGAAAUGGCAAAGAAACGAGGAAAAUUAAACUGGGCAAUGUUUUAUUUUCAUAGAUUUUGGAGGUUAACGCCACCAUACAUGUUGGUAUUGAUGGUUUAUGUUUCAUUAUUUCCAUAUACUGGUAGCGGUCCUCUAUGGAAAAAAGACGGAAAUGAAUAUAAUUACUGUAAAACUUCUUGGUACUAUAAUCUGCUGUACAUCAAUAACUUUUUUGACAAACCAGAAGAUUCGUGCUUUGGAUGGGCUUGGUAUUUAGCUAAUGAUAUGCAGUUUUUUGUACUUAGUCCUUUAAUACUACUUCCGCUAUUUUUUUUUCAAGUUGCUGGAUUUGCUGUACUAUUAGCUUUUUUGACUGGAACAUUGGUAGCAACGGGUGUUAUGGCAACGAAAUGGAAUGUUCCAAUGUCAAUGUUUGAUGGAGGAGAUAUGACUCACUGGGGAAAACUUUAUAUCAGGCCUUACUUCCGAAUGGGCCCUUACUUAGUGGGAAUGUUUACUGGAUAUCUGCUUUAUAAAACAGAUUUAAAGUUGAAAAUAAAUAGAUUUGUUAAUUUAUUUGGUUGGUUAGUGGCCUCUGUAUCAGCAUGUGCAGUUUUAUACGGUAUAUAUGAUGACGUUAACGGUAAUCGUCCGUCACAGGAAGUGUCCUCAUUCUACCUUUCGGUGCACAGAACAGUCUGGGGCGCUGCAAUCUCCUGGGUGAUAUUUGCAUGUGCUCAUGGAUAUGGAGGUUACGUGAACACAAUUUUAUCCUGGAAAGGUUUUAUUCCACUUAGCAGACUUACAUACUGUGCAUACCUUGUGCAUCCUCCUAUUAUCUAUUACUACCUACUGACAAGACGAAGGCUGAUUCAUUUUACUGAUACAGAAAUUAUAUAUGAAUUUUUAGGACAUCUUGCCUUGUCAUAUGCAGGAGCAUUUUUGACUUCUCUUGCUUUUGAGGCGCCGAUGAUGGGACUAGAAAAGGUUAUUUUCAAGCGACACGAAAAGAAGAAAUAGACGUUGAUUAUAGACUGCAGAAAUGAUAACAUUAAACGUGAAUUUAAUAACUUAUUCUGUUCUAUAAAAAAAAAAUACUGCAAUAAAUCAUUUUCAUUUUCUAUUACCCACAACUGUAAUAUAUUUACUUCCGAUUAAAAAGCCUCUGCGAGAACGUUGCAUUAUAUUCAUCAUAAUGUACGUUCGCAAUAACAAGGGCGUCAUGCGGUUAAUCGAAUACUCUGUCAGUUGAUCUACAUUUACAUUACACAAAUGUCCAUUUCCCGAGAAGGUGAUAGUACUUAAAUAAAAACAGUACCUUUUCAUAAUUUUUACGAUAUUCAUUUCCUUAUUUGUAUAUAUAAUUAUUAGGGUACAUUUAGACCAAUGGUUGAGAAUGCAACAAAAAAAGAGCAACUUCAAAAAUGGACUUAAUUGCUUUUUUUUUUUAUAACUGUCAGUGAAGUCUACACGAAAAUAUCCAAAUCUUGAUUACCUUCAAAAGUUUUGGAUGAAAAGGAGCAAAUAUUAACGAUGAACGCAAACCCAGUGAAUCAAGUAGAGGAAACUGAUGUGAUACAUAUAACUAUAUUUAUCAUCUCAUUAUAAAUGACAAAAU